CCUUUGCUUUCCUUUGCUGCAUUCUGGGUCGGUCCGCCAAGCAGAAUGAAAAACACUAUAACAGAGUCUAACUAUUAUUAAGCCUGCUUCAUUUUCUACCUCAGGCUGGCAGCACCUUCCGCCUUGUUCAUCUAUAACUCUUUUUUUUUUUUCUUAAUUAGUUACUGCAACAAGUUUUUUGCCUAUCAAUCCAAUCCAAAACUACCUAUACUUAUAUAAAAGUGAAAGUUGGAAUAUUUGUUUUAUCAAUUAAUUAAGAGGUAGGUUGGAUAACAAUGGCACCUGCUCUGGGAAGCCUGCAACAGAAAAGACUUGGCAAUGCCCUAACCUUUAUGGCUUUGCUAUUGAUACUUUUCUUCGUGGAGGAGUCAAUCCAAGGUGAAGAAACAGUGAGUCAAGGAAGCAUUAAAAAUCUAGUCUUUUCCAAGAAGAACAAUACAUCUGCCGUUGCUCGGAAGCUGCUGCAGUCCACUGAGGACGGCGAUGCUAAUCGAAUAGGCACGGCAUGCACAAAGGACGACAUCGUGAUAUUCCAAGGUUCCACGGCGCCGCUUCCCAAUGGAAUCCCCUCCUACACCGUUCAAAUCAUGAACGUGUGCUUGUCGGGUUGCAGUAUCUCCAACAUUCACGUCAGUUGUGGAUGGUUCAGUUCGGUGAGGUUGAUAAAUCCCACGGUGUUUAGGCGACUCUACUAUGACGAUUGCCUUGUGAAUGACGGGGAGCCUCUUGGACCUGGUGAAUGCCUCUCCUUCGACUAUGCUAAUACUUUUAGCUACCCUCUCUCCGUGUCAUCUGCAGCCUCCUGCUAACUCAUGCAUGACUCGGUUUCACAUAUAUACAAUUAAUUAAUGUUUUCUACUUCGCAAUAAGUUAUCACAUAUAUAGUAUUAAAUAUUAAUGUUAGUGCCAGUUAUUUAUGUUUAUCUGUUUUUUUUUCUUUGACAAAAAAAAUCCUGAAAUUUAGAAUUUAAUCCUUUUGAUCUCUUUA